AAAGCGCAGAAUUUUUAAGGUUCAUGUCACGUGACGCUAGGUCUCGUACAGUCACACUCAAGUCUCGCCAACGAGACGAUAAUCCAAGGUGAUUGGUCCACCGUGUGCCCUUGUACAGUGUCGUACACACUACAGCUCGAGAAUGUUUCGACAUGUCACACGAUUUGGAGUUCUCAGAAAAGUAACCUGUCAGGUACAACGAAAUCUGGGUGUCAGUGCAGUACUUGCACAGAAAUCUGGAACGGCUUUGGAUCCCAUCCAGCAGCUCUUCUUAGAAAAGAUUCGAGAAUAUAAAUCAAAAUCAGUUCAGGGCAAGCUGCUGGGAGCAACACCUGAAGUGGAGAAGGCUCUGAAGGAGGAGCUGGACAAAGUUGACCGCAUGUUUAAUGCCACUGGCAAAGACAUGACCAAGUUUCCCACCUUUACUUUCACUGAUCCACAGCUGGAGCCAGUGGGAUUGGGCGAAACUAAAGAUAUAGAGCAGGUUGAUGUGGUCCAGGAAACAGUGGAGGAGGAAGAAGAUAAUGAGCCAUAUUUUCAAGUGUAGUAGCAUCAUUACAAGGAGCAGCAGCAACAGUGUGUAUGGGAUAGCCAAAGUGACAACACAUUAGCAAGUGGCAGUAACCAGAGUUCAGCAUAAACUGCAUUGUUGAAUACUUGCCACUCAUGGAACACCUGGUAAAAGUCAUGUCCCAUCAUAAUGUAUUGGUGCUAAGUGAAUGUUCUUUCAUAGGUCAUCAGGAGUGUUGGGUACACCACAUUCAAUCCUUAUGAUGCCGGUGUUUAUCGGCCUCUUUUCAGUCUCCUGCAUCCUUCAAUGUCUGUGCCUGUCAAGUUACUGGGAAUUAUAAAAGAUGAAAAACUUUGA